AUAGAAGAUGAAGAUGAUUUAAUACAGACUGUUAUAACAGAUAUAACACAGCUGUGUGCCGAGAACGUUAUACUAUGGACCAAGUUUCUAGAAACUGUCACAUUGGCUGAAAAUGUACAAAGUUAUUUAGCACAAGAGCAUCAUACAGCUAGAGUAAGUGUUAGAUAUUGA